AUGACAAUACAACAAAUUCCAAUUUGGCUCGACUGUGAUCCGGGAAAUGACGAUGCAUUUGCGAUAUUGCUAUCUCUUUUCAGUCCAAGGUAUAAAUUGUUGGGGAUCUCCACAGUCCACGGUAAUGCCCCAUUGGAUAUGACGACACACAAUACAUUGGCACUCUUGGACCUACUAAAUAUUUUCAAUGUCAAGGUUUACAAGGGUGAGGAGAAGCCAUUAAUGAACGCACCACGCUAUGCUUUAAAUGUUCAUGGUAUAACUGGUAUCGGAGGGGUAGAACUUCCAGAUACCUCGAUCAAUAAAUGCGUUUCAUCGAUUUCAUAUGUCAAUGCAAUGAAAAACGCGAUUGAUGCUCAUGCGCACGAGAUUUGUCUUGUUGUUACUGGUACAAUGACCAACGUUGCUCUUUUAAUUGAAAAAUACCCGGAGGUACUCGGCAAGAUAAAGUACAUUUCGGUUAUGGGAGGUAGUUUUGGCAUGGGGAAUGCAACACCGUACGCUGAGUUCAAUUUCCAUACAGACCCGCAUGCCGCGAAAAUCGUUAUGGACAAGUUGCAAGAUAGAAUGAUUUUAUCGCCAUUGAACCUUACCCACAAGAUUGUUGCCACUAGUGCUGUGAGGAAGCAAAUUUUUGAUGAAGAGGACAAAACAACAAAUAGUCCGUUGAGAAAAGCAUUUUACGAUAUAUUGAUGUUCUACAGUAUGGCUUAUGCUAAACUGGAUGGUACUUUCGGUGAUCCUCCUUUGCAUGAUCCUGUUGCAGUAUACAGUUUGUUGCCCUUGGUGGAUGGAGACUGUGCAUUGUAUGGAUAUCAGUAUUUGAGGAGAAAAUUGAAUAUCGUAGUUGAAGGACAACGUGAAGGAGAGAGUAUAAUAGUUAACAAACUGUUACCAAUUAGUGAAUCUGAAGAUGAAGGUGUAUAUGUUGGACAAAAUUUAGACUCUGAAAAGUUUUGGAAUUGCAUGUUAGAUGCGUUGCAUGCAGCUGAGUUGAAUUCAAAAUAG